CGUGGCCGUGGCUAGGGUCUCCGCCGCAGCCGGUGCAGCCGCCGGUGCAGCCGCCGCUGUCGCCGCUGCCGCCGCUGCCUCCGCCUCAGUCAGUCAGUCAGUCCCCAGCAAUGGCGGAAGGAGGUGAGCGAGAGGAGCUGCUCUCGCCACCGCCGGUCUCUCCGGCCAAGCGCCUGUGCUCGUGGCCCAGUCCGCAGGCUCACCACCCUCGCGGUUCGCCCGGGGCGGCCGGCGGCGGGGUGGGGGGCGUCGGCGGCAGCUGCCUGCCCCUGGGGGCUCGUCCCCACCUGCAGCCCGAGUCCUUGCUGGACUGUGCCGCCAAGACGGUUGCGGAAAAGUGGGCGUACGAGCGGGUGGAGGAACGCUUCGAGCGGAUCCCGGAGCCCGUGCAGCGCCGCAUCGUCUACUGGUCCUUUCCGCGGAAUGAGCGGGAGAUCUGCAUGUACUCCAGCUUCCAGUACCGCGGCGGCCCUGGCGCCGGCUCGGCUGGAGGCGCCGCGGGGGCUUCGCCGGCCGAGGAGGGGCCGCCGCCACCCCCCGGCCCCGCCGCUCCGGCCGGCUCCGCCCCCGGGGCCGCCGCGGCGGGGGCGUCCCCCGGACUGGGCUCAGGGACAGGAGCCGCCGGUGGCGGUGGUGGCGAGGGGCUCCCGUUCCGCCGGGGCAUCCGUCUGCUGGACAGCGGCUCCGUGGAGAAUGUGCUGCAAGUCGGCUUCCAUCUCAGUGGCACAGUAACUGAGCCGGCCACUACUUCUGAACCAGCAGUGACUUAUAAAGUUGCCAUCAGUUUUGAUCGAUGCAAAAUCACUUCAGUGGCGUGUGGCUGUGGGAACAAAGACAUAUUCUACUGUGCCCAUGUGGUAGCGCUCUCACUCUACAGGAUCCGUAAACCAGACCAAGUCAAACUGCGUCUUCCUAUCUCAGAAACCCUUUUCCAGAUGAAUAGGGACCAGCUACAAAAGUUUAUUCAGUAUUUAAUCACGGCACACCACACUGAAGUUCUUCCUACUGCACAGAAGCUGGCAGAUGAGAUUCUAUCUUCCAACUCCAAAAUCAACCAAGUAAACGGUGCCCCUGACCCCACAGCUGGGGCCAGCAUUGAUGAUGAGAACUGUUGGCAUUUGGAUGAGGAACAGGUGAAAGAACAAGUGAAGCUCUUUCUCUCCCAGGGUGGUUACUAUGGCUCUGGAAAGCAACUCAAUUCAAUGUUUGCCAAGGUUCGAGAGAUGCUGCGGAUGAGAGAUUCCAAUGGAGCCAGGAUGCUGACGCUAAUAACUGAGCAGUUUAUGGCUGACCCACGACUCACACUCUGGAGGCAGCAAGGAACAACCAUGACAGAUAAGUGCAGGCAGCUCUGGGAUGAGCUAGGGGCGUUAUGGGUGUGCAUCAUUUUAAAUCCACAUUGCAAAUUGGAGGAAAAAUCCUGUUGGCUGCAGCAACUGCAGAAGUGGAAUGACCUGGAUGUCUGUCCCCUGGAGGAUGGGAACUAUGGGCAUGAGCUGCCCAACAUCACCAACGCACUUCCCCAGAAUGCCAGUCACCGUUCAGAUUCUUUAUCCAGACCAAGACGGACAGUGUUCACUAGAGCCAUCGAGGGCCGUGAAUUGCAUUGGCAGGACAGCCACUUACAGCGAAUAAUCAGCAGUGAUGUAUAUAUAGCUCCUGCCUGCCAGCAGGAAAGUGAGAGACUACUCUUUAAUUCCCAAGGCCAGCCACUGUGGCUUGAGCAUGUGCCUACAGCCUGUGCUCGGGUUGAUGCCCUGCGUUCCCAUGGUUACCCAAAAGAGGCCCUCAGACUCACAGUGGCCAUUAUCAAUACUCUGAGGUUGCAGCAGCAACGGCAGCUGGAAAUCUACAAGCAUCAGAAGAAAGAACUGUUGCAGAGAGGAACCACAACGAUCACAAACCUAGAAGGCUGGGUGGGCCACCCCCUGGAUCCCAUUGGCUGCCUGUUUCUCACUUUGACUGAGGCCUGCCGCCUGAAUGAUGAUGGCUAUCUGGAAGUGUCAGAUAUGAAUGAAAGCAGAGCCCCUGUGUACCAGCAUGUGCCUGUGGCCGCAGGCUGCCCAGACAGCAGUGAGUCCUACCUGUCAUUGGCCAUGGAAGUUGCUCUGAUGGGGAUGGGUCAACAGAGGGUGAUGCCUGAAGGCCUCUACGCACAGGACAAGGUGUGCCGUAAUGAGGAGCAGCUCCUUAGUCGACUCCAGGAGCUGCAGCUGGAUGAUGAGCUAGUGCAAACACUGCAGAAGCAGUGCAUCUUACUCCUGGAAGGAGGCCCCUUCAGCGGUCUGGGAGAAGUCAUCCACCGAGAGAGUGUUCCCAUGCAUACCUUUGCCAAGUAUUUGUUCUCAGCUCUACUGCCUCAUGAUCCAGACCUGUCCUAUAAAUUAGCCUUACGUGCCAUGAGGUUACCUGUUCUAGAAAACUCAACUUCUGCAGGCGACACUUCCCACCCUCACCAUAUGGUAUCUGUGGUGCCCAGCCGUUACCCUCGCUGGUUCACGCUUGGACACUUGGAAUCACAGCAGUGUGAACUGGCCUCCACCAUGCUGACUGCUGCCAAAGGAGACACUCUGAGGCUCCGCACAAUCCUGGAAGCAAUACAGAAGCACAUCCAUUCUUCCUCCCUCAUCUUCAAACUGGCCCAAGAUGCAUUCAAGAUUGCUACACCCACGGACAGUAGUACAGACAGCACCCUGCUCAACGUGGCCCUGGAGCUGGGGUUACAGGUGAUGAGGAUGACCUUAUCAACCCUUAACUGGAGGCGCCGGGAGAUGGUGCGGUGGUUGGUGACAUGUGCUACAGAAGUGGGUGUGCAGGCCCUGGUGAGCAUCCUGCAGAGCUGGUACACACUCUUCACCCCCACCGAGGCUACCAGCAUUGUGGCUGCCACAGCCGUAUCCCACACCACUAUCCUGCGCCUCAGUCUUGACUAUCCACAGCGGGAGGAGCUGGCUAGCUGUGCUCGCACGCUGGCCCUGCAGUGUGCUAUGAAGGAUCCACAGAGCUGCGCCCUAUCGGCCCUUACACUUUGUGAGAAGGACCACAUCGCAUUUGAAGCAGCCUACCAGAUUGCCAUUGAUGCUGCUGCCGGCGGCAUGACUCACUCACAGCUCUUCACCAUCGCCCGCUACAUGGAGCUCCGUGGCUACCCGCUACGUGCCUUCAAGCUGGCCUCACUGGCCAUGAGCCAUCUCAACCUGGCCUACAACCAGGACACCCACCCGGCCAUCAACGAUGUGCUCUGGGCGUGUGCCCUCAGCCACUCCCUGGGCAAGAAUGAGCUGGCGGCCCUGAUUCCCCUGGUGGUGAAGAGCGUGCACUGUGCCACAGUGCUUUCAGACAUCCUACGGCGCUGCACGGUCACUGCACCUGGCCUGGCCGGCAUCCCAGGCCGCCGCAGCUCGGGAAAGCUUAUGUCCACCGACAAAGCUCCCCUGCGCCAGCUGCUGGAUGCCACCAUCAAUGCCUAUAUCAACACCACACACUCGCGCCUGACACACAUCAGCCCUCGCCACUACGGAGAGUUCAUUGAGUUUCUGAGCAAGGCCCGGGAGACCUUCCUGCUGCCGCAGGAUGGCCACCUGCAGUUUGCCCAGUUCAUCGACAACCUCAAACAAAUCUACAAAGGCAAGAAGAAGCUGAUGCUGCUGGUGCGAGAGCGCUUUGGCUGA